AUGACUCCCGACUCCCUUAACGAGGACCUGAAAUCAAAAUUUGACCACCUUGCGGACUAUGACUCCCUUAACGAGUGUGCCCUUGGACUCUACACUUGGUUGGAAAAUGCCGGCAAGUCUGAGGAAGCCAAACAGCUCUUUAAGCCUCGCUCUGAGUUGGCCGUACUGCCUGACGUGGCCAUCUUCACCAUUGUCAUUCAGUUCUAUACCCGUGCCGAAAAGACCAAGGGUGCACUCAAGGUGUACCACCACAUGUUGGCCAGUGGUGUCGCCCCCGCUUGGUUUACUUACCAUUCACUCAUCAAGGCACUUGCAAAAGACUCGUCGUCUGAUGUCACUUCCCUUGGGUACGCCAAGCAGUACUUUUUGGAAAUGUUGGAUAAGGGGAUGGAACCCGAUUCUGACUUGUACGCGGCUGUGUUCGCCGCCACUGCCUCCCAAGAUUCAGUGGAGAAGGCCAGGGAGUUCCUUGAGCAGGCACAAACAAGGGGGUUCCUGAUCAAUGCUUUUCAUCUUGAAGAAGAUCACCUCAAAGGAUCAUUGACGGUAACGAAGUUGUGUAAUGAGCUUCACAAGGACAUCGAUGUGCAAAAUGUAUUCCACAAGUGGUGCACCUAG